AUGGUCCUCGAUAUCUGGAACCCAUUCUCGAGCCCCAAAGACGCCUUCGAACCAACGCCCUUCCUCGCCCUAGCCUUCCAGGCUCCGGUCAAACUACUUCUCUACCAUGCGUACCACUUCAUAACCUACCUGCGCAGUGCGCCAACGCCGGCGCACCCACCGAUUCGCGUCGUGUGCAUUUCGGAUACGCAUACGCAUAUACCUGAAAAUGUGCCGGAAGGAGAUAUACUCAUUCAUGCGGGCGACAUGACUGAUGCUGGCAGUGUUGCUGAGAUACAAAGACAAGUCGACUGGUUAGCUUCACUACCGCACAAGGAGAUUGUGGUGAUCAGUGGUAACCACGACACGUACUUGGAUCCGCGGACUCGACCGUCGUUAUCCGAAGAUGAGCGCAGAGGCAAUAUCAACUGGAAGCGCGUGCAUUAUUUGCAACAUCGCAAGCUCAGUCUUACUAUCGAGACUGAGCCUGAGUUGUCGACGUCCACAACACCUCUGCUGGCAGAAGGUCAGAGACAGAGACGUAUAAGGAUAUAUGGCGCGCCGCAGAUUCCGGCUUGUGGGCCGAUGAGUGUACAUGCGUUCCAGUACCCAAGAGGGCAGGAUGCAUGGUCCGAGACGAUACCUGAGGACACAGAUAUCCUAAUCACGCAUACACCACCAAAGUUCCAUCUUGAUCUUGCGUUGCCUACGGGUCUUGGUUGCGAACAUCUUCUAGCUGAAGUAAGGCGUGUCAAGCCAGCGCUGCAUGUGUUUGGUCAUGUGCAUUGGGGAGCGGGACAGACGAUUGUAUGGUGGGACAAGGCGCACGAGGCGUAUACCCAAGGCAUAGCGAUGCAAUCAAAGUGGACACAUGGCAUUCUCAAUCCGAAGCUGUGGUGGAGUGUGGUGAGGGUAGUAUAUCGUGGCGUGCGUGAGCUGCUGUGGGACCGCGUAUGGGGAGGGAAAAGUACAAACACGAUCAUGGUGAAUGCUGCCCAGAUGCAUGGAAAUACUGGAAAACUGGGCAACACGAUCCAAGUCGUCGACAUAUAA